AUGUCCCAAGAAUUUCGGGUUGUUUUCCAUCACGGCCACUGGGCGAUGCCAAGGAGAGCUACCAGUGCUGAGAUGUUGCGGGCAGUACCAGCUGAGAAAGUUCUGGAAAGGUGUGGAACGCACCUGUGGUCGCAAAAGAGAUCGACCUCUCAAAAGGCAGAGCUGUUCGAACACAGCAAACCGGUGACUUCCAUUGAUGAGUUCUGGAGCCACUCUUGGCAUGGCAGACAGCGCUGGAAGGUUUGGUGCCUCUUGUAUGUCAAGAAUGCAUGGCCAGCGCUUUUUGUUAGCACCGCGACUGCCGCCCUGGUGGCUUUGCUCUUUGCUUUCGAACUGCUUCCAGGCUGGGUCAAGACCUCGAAUUAUGCGCCACCGGAGCCUCAUGCAUAUGGUGCUUGGGGUUGUUGGACCGGCGUAUUGACGUACCUCUUGAUGAUAAUCCUAUGGAAGCCAAGAGCUGAUGUUUUCGUGGACCUCUUUUGCAUCCAUCAGGCCAACCCACGGCUGAAAGCUGAAGGCCUCCUGAGCAUUGGGGCAAUUCUGAAGAAUUCCGAGUCCAUGUUGCUUCUUUGGGAUGACACAUACCUCAAGAGAUUGUGGUGUGUUUUCGAGUUGGCCGGCUUCUUGCGAAGUCACCAGGCCCAAGGAAGGCUGGUGAUCAAACCCACCAUCCUUGGACCUGCGACCUUUUGGAAUGUCAUUGCGAUCACCUUCGUCGUGAGUACUGACCUGGUGUUUUCCGGAAUACCCGGUGGAAGCGUCACGCGCUUCCUUCUGGUCUUCAUCACAACCUGUGCAGUUGCCUGGCCCAUCCUUGUUUGGCGAAGAGGCAUGGUCACAUUGAAACGCCAGCUUGCUGAAUUUACAUUCGCCAAGACCGUUUGCCAUUGCUGCAUGCGCGGGCAUAUCGAUGACAACGGUGGACCUAUAGAAUGCGACCGAGAACUUUUAGGAACUAGCAUUUGCAACUGGUUCGGAUCGGUCGAUGAGUUUGACAAUUUGGUGCGAAGCGACGUCGAAGCAGAACUGAAGAAGCAGCUAGCAGUGUCUCCGUUUGGCUACACGUGGGUGCUACAUGCUGGAGUUCCGAUUCUGUGGGCUCAAGGUUGUUUCGUCCAGCUGAAGCAGAAAGGGGCGAAAGCUUGA